AUGACAUCUAAACUUUCAUUAUCGUUUAAUGAAAAUCAUAGAAAAACAUUUGAUAAUCUCACUUAAGAAUCCAUAUUUGAAUACCCAUUAAGAAGAAAAUCAUGUUAUUGCAAAUUAUGUGGAAAUCUAGGCCAUUUUUAAGUGCAAAAUAGUAAUUUGCCGACACCUAUAGAACAUCAAUUUAAUAGAUAGUAAAGAAACAAAAGAAAGUAGAGUUUUGGUGAUGAUAUCAAGACUCAAAUACCUAGUGAAUUGAGUUAAAUUGAAAGUGAUAAUGGAAGACGAAUUAUAUUGAGAAAAAGGUCAAUUUCUAUAUCUAAUAUGAAUGUGUAGAGAUCCCUUAAAUUUGAAUAAAUUUUUAGAGAAAAUAACAAUAGAACAAGAAGAGGAAGUUGUGAAUGCAGUGAAUGUGGAAGACUUAAUUAAUUUUAGAAAAAAAACAAAGAAUUAUCAAUACCAAAAAAGGAAAGAAAGUUCAAAUAAAUUUAAACAACAAGACAACGAAAAUUUUAACAAUAUGGAUCAACAGAGUUUUAAAUUAAUAAUAAGAACAUUAUUAUUUAAAAGUCAAUCAUAUAAUCUUCAAAAAGUUUAAGAUCAUUUUAGGUUAAACAAAUUAAUGAUAUGAUAAGAACUAAAGAUGUGAACAAAUUAGUAAAAAAUCGAAUCUCAACAAGAGAUUUAGAACAGCCUAAGUAAAUCUAGAAUAAAUUUUCAAUAAUUAAUUCAUGUCAAUAGUUGGAUUCUCCAUAAAUUCCACAAGUAAAGUCUCAAAAAUAAAAUAUUCAUAAACCAGUCUUGUCCUUUUCUAAUAUAAAAUAGAAAUUUUAAUGA